CACGGGCGGGGCGGAGGGAGGAGGAGGAGGAGGAGGAGGGAGGUUCGCCGCGCCCAGGCUGCCGCUGCCCGAUGGCUGCGGGGAGCUGAGCGGGCUGAGGAGGAGCCGAGCCCCAGCGACACCCCCCUUCCUUGCCGCGGAUCCCUCCUUCCCGCCCGGCUCUGCCGCCUUCCCCGGGACACGCCGGGCGCAGCGCGGGCGGCUCCCCCCGCUCCUCCUCCGCCGCCUCCUCCUCCGCCCCCCCUUCCCUUCCCUUCCCCAGGCCGGCGGGACGCGGGCAGGACCGCGGGCGGCGGACGGACCGGCCCGGUUCAUGAGCAGCGGCCGGCAGGGCAGAAUUUACAUGUUUGACAGCAGAAGUUGCCUUUCUACUGUAGUGAGAGAAAAUAUUUCUGGCCGUUUCAGAGGGGGCAGUGGAGCACACCUUUAGCACAGGAAAAUGAGUGAGCUUGACCAGCUACGCCAGGAGGCCGAGCAGCUGAAAAACCAAAUCAGAGAUGCUAGGAAAGCAUGUGCAGAUGCCACCCUGGCUCAGAUCACAGCCAACAUCGACCCCGUGGGGAGGAUCCAGAUGCGCACUAGGAGAACACUGCGGGGACACCUGGCCAAAAUUUAUGCAAUGCACUGGGGGACUGAUUCCAGGCUUCUAGUUAGUGCCUCCCAGGAUGGCAAACUCAUCAUUUGGGACAGCUAUACUACAAACAAGGUGCACGCCAUCCCCCUGCGCUCCUCCUGGGUCAUGACCUGUGCAUAUGCUCCUUCUGGCAAUUACGUGGCUUGUGGUGGGCUGGACAACAUCUGCUCCAUCUAUAACUUGAAAACUCGCGAAGGGAAUGUUCGUGUGAGCCGGGAGCUCGCCGGGCACACAGGCUACUUGUCCUGCUGUCGCUUCCUGGAUGAUAAUCAAAUCGUCACCAGCUCUGGCGACACCACUUGCGCUCUCUGGGACAUAGAAACUGGUCAGCAGACAACUACCUUUACUGGGCACACUGGAGACGUGAUGAGCCUGUCCCUGGCUCCCGACGCCCGGUGUUUCGUUUCUGGUGCCUGCGACGCCUCUGCCAAACUGUGGGACGUGAGAGAAGGGAUGUGCCGGCAAACCUUCACCGGCCACGAGUCGGACAUCAACGCCAUCUGCUUCUUCCCCAACGGCAACGCGUUUGCCACGGGCUCGGACGACGCCACGUGCCGGCUCUUCGACCUGCGGGCCGACCAGGAGCUGAUGGUCUAUUCACACGACAACAUCAUCUGUGGCAUCACCUCUGUAGCAUUUUCCAAGAGCGGCCGCCUGCUCUUAGCUGGGUAUGACGACUUCAACUGCAACGUGUGGGACACGCUGAAAGCUGACAGGGCAGGUGUCCUUGCCGGUCACGAUAACCGUGUCAGCUGCUUAGGUGUGACUGAUGAUGGCAUGGCAGUGGCAACAGGAUCAUGGGACAGCUUCCUCAAGAUCUGGAACUGAAAUAGAACUCGAGGACUCCACGACUGGAAGAAGUUCCCAAC